AUGUGCAAAUCAACAUUCCACUCAUUCCUCCAGCAGCUCCCCAAAUGCGAGCAUCACAUGCACUUGGAGGGCUCGCUCUCUCCUGAGGUUCUGUUCACACUGGCUAAGCGCAACAACAUCACCCUGCCUCAAGAUGACCCUGCUUUCCAAUCGCCAGAGACUCUCCUGGCACGUUACGAUCGCUUUACUUCUCUGGACGAUUUCUUGCACUACUACUAUAUCGGCAUGUCCGUUCUGAUCUCGGACUCUGACUUUGAGGAUCUGGCCAUGGACUACUUCCGCCACGCCGCAGCAGACGGUGUGGCCCACGCGGAGGUCUUCUUCGAUCCCCAGGCACACAUUGAGCGCGGUAUCUCUUACAACACCGUUCUUACUGGUUUCAGUGCAGCUCGUGCUCGUGCUCAGAAGGAGUUUGGCAUUACCAGCGAGCUGAUCUGCUGUUUCCUGCGUCAUUUGCCUGUGCCCAACUGUGUGUCCAUGUUCAAGGACGCCGAUGUCCAGGCCAGCUUCAAAAACGGCUCGGUCACUGGAAUUGGUCUUGACUCCAGCGAGAAGCCCUUCCCUCCCGCUCUGUUCGAGGAGAUUUACGCCGGAGCCAAGGAGCUCGGUCUUCGUCGCACUGCUCACGCUGGUGAGGAAGGCCCAUCCACUUUCAUCUCUGACUCUCUGGAUAUCCUCAAGGUUGAGCGUAUCGACCACGGUAUCCGCUUGAUCGAGGACGAUGCUCUGCUCCAGAAGAUCGCCAAGGACGGCACUAUGCUCUCCGUGUGCCCCUUGAGCAAUGUGCUGUUGCGCUGUGUCAAGGAAGUCAAGGAAGUGCCCAUCCGCAAGUUCUUGGACGCUGGCGUCAAGUUCAGCAUCAACAGUGAUGACCCGGCUUACUUUGGAGGCUAUAUCCUUGACAACUACUGCGCUGUGCACGAGGCCUUUGAUCUGUCGGUGGCCGAGUGGACGAGCAUCUGCCGUGCCGGCAUCGAGGGCAGUUGGUGCUCUCAGGCCAGAAAGGACGAAAUGCUGGCUCGUCUCGAUGAGGUCGUCCGCCUCUGGGCUCCUAAGCUUUCUGCUUAA